CUCCUGUCACUCGGCGGGCUCCUCGUGACUCAACGCCGCAGGAGGGCAGGAAAGAAGCCGGUCUUGGGAGAGACCGUCCCUCCCCCCCUCCAGAGAGCCCGUGCGGGGAGAGAGGAGGCGGGCUGGUUUGAACGUGGCCGGGCGGUUUGUGGCCGGCGUCUCCUUCGCUCGUUGGGGCGGGCGCACCAAGACGCAUGUCGUAGCAGCGCCCGCGCCGCCUGCCUGGGUGAAGACAGCGCGCGGGCGGGCGUGUUUUUCUUCCCCUUCUCUCUCUCUCUCUCUCUUCGCCCACCCGCCUCCUGCUGCUUUUCCUCCCGCUCCUCCCCUGCGUUGCCUGGUCACAAGGGCCGAAGAAACGACGGCUGUGUAGUAAUGGAGGAGGCGGCGGGGGGUUAAGCAGAGACAAGAAGACGCCCGGAGGGGCGCUCCCCUUCGCCCUUGGCGGCGAAGGCUGCUUUAUCGCGGCGCCUCUUUUCUUGGCCCGCCCCUGAUUCGUAUGGCUUUCAUGAUGAUGAAGAAGAAGAAGUUCAAAUUUCGCGUGGAGCUGGAACUGGACGAGCUCUCCUCGGUGCCCUUCGUCAACGGGAUCCUCUUCUGCAAGGUGCGGCUGCUGGACGGCGGGAGCUUCAGCGGAGAGUCCUCCAGGGAAGUGGUUCAAGCAAACUGUGUUCAUUGGAAGAAGAGGUUUUCGUUUAUAUGUAAAAUAAGUGCAAGUGCCACGACAGGGAUUCUGGAUCCCUGCAUCUGCAGAGUCUCUGUACGAAAGGAAUUAAAAGGAGGGAAGACUUACGCAAAGUUGGGUUUUGCAGAUCUUAACCUGGCAGAGUUUGCCGGAUCAGGAAAUACCACUCGCCGCUGCUUACUGGAAGGUUAUGAUACCAAAAACACAAGGCAGGACAAUUCAAUUCUCAAAAUCUUAAUCAGCAUGCAACUAAUGUCUGGAGACCCUUGCUUUAAAACACCUCCAUCUACAUCAAUGUCUAUACCAAUUGCUGGAGAAUCAGAAUCCCUACAUGAAGACAGAAAAGGUGCAGAGAACACUAAAGGGUCACAUUUGACCGUAUCAGAUUUUACAAGCAAGAGCAUCUCAGUCCCAGAUGAAUUUGGAGCAUGUGGACAUUCUAGGACUUCUAGUUAUGCAAGCCAACAAUCAAAAGUAUCUGGAUACAGUACUGCACAUUCCAGAUCAUCCAGUUUCUCUGAUCUCUGUCAUAAAAGGAAUACCUCUGUGGGAAGCACAUCAACUGGUAUAAGUAGUAUUCUAGAGCCAUGUGAAGAGGCUGAAUCGAGAAGCACCGAGGAUAAUCUGAAAGCAACUAUGAAAGAUGCACUCUCAGAAAACUCAAACAGGCUACCAAUAAAACAGGAUUCUGUGGAAUCACAGCUGAAGAGGGUUGAUGCAACAAGAGUUGAUGCAGAUGACAUUGUUGAAAAAAUACUGCAGACUCAAGACUUCAGUUUGGACUCAAGUGCAGAAGAAGGACUAAGACUUUUUGUAGGUCCUGGAGGAAGCACUGCCUUUGGAAGUCAUCACUUACCUAAUAGAGCCGGAUCUGGAGCUUAUGAACAAGUAGUUAUAAAACGCUAGAAGAACUGGACUAAGUUGAUGGAUUUCCAGAAUUUAUUUCUCAAUAUUAUGAAGGAUGAGAUCUUCUGAAAGUUGGCAUACACUGUUAUGCCUAUUUAGAUACUUUAUAUUGAAAACACCUUCUUCUGACAUCAUUUAUAAGGGCAAUUUCCCAUCUUUUAGCAUGCUGCUAAUUUGUUGGCAGAUUUGUUGAUGGAGUUGUUGCAUUGUUCCAUAUGUAAAUCAAAUUGGGGUGGGGUUUGGGGGGUUUUUUUUGGAAAGCGGAAAACAUUCUAUAUAAUUGAACCUAUAUUGAAAUCAGUUGUCUGUAAGACCUUCAGUAAUGUUUUCUAUAGGCAAAUCAGAAUAGGAAAUGGAAAGUACUCAUUCAAGGAAGUGUUUUGAGAAAGUAGUACUUUUAUAAACGUGUGUAGUUUUAAAACAUGACAUGCAUUUCAGUAAUGUAUUUUUGUUAUCACUUGAAAAUGAGUGGCUAGCCCUAAAUAGGAAUGAUACGCAUAUUUUAUUACUGUUGAACAUACUCAGAGCCACACAGCUGCUGUACGUAUUCUUAAAAUAUGAAAAAGUAUGAGGUUGUAUUGACUGACAUUUAGUCUGUACCUAAAUCAUUAUUAUAGGAUUGAAUGAGAACUUUGAGCUCACAAGAUGAUUUGCAGAGAGAGCUUGGAAAAUAUCAUUUGAGAGUGCCUUGUUUCUAAGGGAAAAGGAAAUAACAAACUAUUUUAUGAAGCUUUAAUAAUAAAUAGUAAACCGCUAUAAAGAUAAGCACUUUAUAAAGGUUACUUCAGUCCAUGUGAAAUCCAUUAUUUUAGUUGAAGUUCCGACUUAGGCCUGACGUAAAUUGAGCAAAUGGCAUAAUAGCAAUUUCCUUACUUUUUGUUGCAUUAUGUUUGCCGGUCAUGGUCCAUAUAUGAAGGAAAUACUUGUCAGAUGCAGCAUCACCCGUGCAUACACUGACAUGGAUGAAUGCUUUGCGUCUAGUGCUGUCCAGUAUUAAAUUGCUUUUUUCCCAUGUCUUCUUAAAUAGAAUUUAUUUCAAUUAGACAUAUACAGAAGAAAUCUCCUGGCAGAACUGUGAUGCAUAAACAUCUGUAUAAACAAAACAAUAUAAUUUGCCUAUGCAACAAUUUCAACAAAGCAUUAUCUGACAGCAGAAACAUCACUUUUUUUUUGCUAAUGAUAUGAAAACUACCAAUAAUCUUUAACUAUAUCAAUAGUUGUUUAGUAGCUAGUCUCAUAUCUUUAAAAAAUAGAAAUUGAUACACCUUUAAAAAUAACUUUUAAUAAGCUAAUUAUAGGUAUCUUAUUUAGUGUCUUAUUUUUACUGUUUUCAUGGUAUCACUGAUUCUUUUUGAAAAGAGUAUGAGUUAUUUUUAGUUAAAUGAAGGAUUUUUAAUGUUUGAAAUAGUUUUUUAUAAAUAUCAUAGCUUUUUUGCUGAAAUCACAUGUGUGAACUCUUAAAAUAAUAUUUCUUUACUAUGGUACCCAACAGUGUUCUAUUAUGUUUCAACUUGUUCUAACUUGACUAAGUGGUUUUUUUUAAAGCUGCUAUUAAAAUAAUGGAAAGGGAACGCACAUGGUUUAUUUUGAAAUACACUUUAAUUUACUUUGAACUUUCUAGUAGUGUGGUUAAGUAAAACAAACCUAAGAUAGUGCUUGAAUUUAUUGAGGAAUGAUCUUAGUCCUGGAAAAUAACUGGUUAAAAUAAAUGACAGGGUCACUUACAGUACUCAUAAUGAGAAAUUAUCACACUCAACUAAAUAUUCCAGUGAAUAUAAUUAGUACAUCAAAUGCAAUAUUAGUCCAUUAGAAAUAUCCAAUUUUGUUCCUUUUAGAACUAGUACAGAGAGAAUUUCUCUCUUGGCAUUCAACAUAUUGGUGGUAACUCUUCUUAUUCCAUAUGCUCAUUCUAUGUAUUAAUUCUUCUGUGUAAAGUUUGAACAAAUAUCAUGCACUUUUAUUAAUUGUAUUAUUUUAAUGAAGUGAUUCCAGUACUAUCUGAGACAUGGGAAAUGAUCUUCAUAUUUAUAUGGCAUUAAACUUGUGUAAACUGUAUACUGACAUGCUAAUGUUUUUUAUUAAAACCAACAUUUUUAUCAUAAAAUACUUCAUUGUAAAGUGAACUUACAAAUUCAAUAAAAUUUGUCCUCAA